AGUGUAUUGAGCUCAAUGCUAGUUUUCUUAGAUAUAAGAAAAAUGACGUUAGAUUGCUGACGAGAUAAAACAUAUAUUAAUUUUUAUAUUUAAAAUAAUUGUUAGGCUCUAAAAAUAUACACUAGAGCUGUGAAAUUCAGUAUGUCAUUGGAGCAAACUGCGUGUGAAGACUUAAAGGCGUUCGAACGACGUCUUACAGAAGUUAUAGGGUGUCUACAACCUUCUACAAAUAGAUGGAGAAUUCUUCUUGCCGUAAUAUCAGUGUGUACAGCUGUAGGGGCAUGGCACUGGCUGACUGAUCCACACACAUCAGCAGUGUCUUUCAUGCAGUCUCUCUGGAACCAUCCAUUCUUUGCCAUUGCUAGCAUUUGCCUUGUGGUGCUGUUUAUCCUCGGAGUUCACAAGCGGGUUAUAGCUCCAUCCAUCAUCACAGCACGAACAAGAACUGUACUAGGGGACUUCAAUAUGUCAUGUGAUGACACAGGGAAACUGAUCCUCAAACCUCGGCCUACCACCACUUAAAAUUAGUUUUACCAAUCACUUCAUCUAUUUAAACUGAAAUUGUUCAUCUUACACCAUGAUUUGCUGAUGACAAUAAUGGACUGCUACAGUGCAUACUCCCAAUACAUUGUAAAUACUUUAUAAAUUAAUCACAUGUACAGUAAAUUUUAAUGUAUUAAACAGUAGUGAAGGAACUUCUGUCAUGAGUA